UCUCUCAUUCUCUCUCUCUCUCUAAAACUAGAUAGAUUUUGUUGGAAAUUCUUUUGCAUAAUGGAGACCCAAAACAAGUCUAGCAAUGGGGUGAGAGGCGAAGAAGUGAAGGUGGCUAAUAAAAGGAGUGUGAAUUGUUUAGAAUUUGUGUUGAGGCUUUUGGCCUUUGCAUUCACUCUGGUGGCGGCAAUUGUUCUUGGGGUUGAUAGGCAGACCAAAGUUGUGCCAAUACAGGUGGUUCCGACCUUGCCACCUUUAAGUGUUCCGGUCACUGCUAAGUGGAAUUACUUGUCUGCCUUUGUGUACUUGGUGGUGACAAAUGCCAUAACAUGCUCAUAUGCAGCACUCUCUUUGGUCCUCACACUGACCAAAAUGGAUAGAAAGAAAGGGUUUUCUCUGAUGAUCAUCAUCCUUGAUUUAGUUAUGUUGGUACUGCUCUUUCCUAGCAUCGGAGCGGCCACUGCAAUCGGUGUCAUUGGCUACCAAGGCAACUCACACGUGCGUUGGAACAAAGUAUGCGACGUCUUUGAUAAAUUCUGUCACCAAGGGGCUGCUGCCAUUGCCAUGUCUCUGCUUGGCUCAUUGGCAUAUCUCUUGCUGGUUAUGCUUGCUGCUUUCAAACUUCAUAAAAAAAUAUGAGUAGAAUGUGAUGGAGUAAUUUGAUCUCUCUUGAGCAUGUUUUGGUUUCUAUCUGUGGCUAAAUGAAGUUGUUGUCUAGUGAUUGUGGCUAAAAUCUAUCAUGCAUAGUAGAAUUUUUUUUUUUUUUUUUUUUUUUUUUUCUCUUUUUCUUUUUUCCGGAAGUUAACCGUAUGGUAGAUUUCUCGAGUUAUGUUUUUCUCAUUUCUGAUCUUUCAUAAAUGUAAAAUGUUCCUUGUCACAAGUUUCGAUUUAAUUUCUUUAAACUUCUCAUGCUUAUCUCUAUCUUGUUAAGUAGGUAUUUAAUUCUCUUAAAUUUUUAAGGGUCACACAAAAAUAAAAAAUAAAAAAUAAAAAUUCAAUGAGCACAGUAUAGAGAUUACAAACUAUAUUCUUAUAUGGACAAGAAAUAGAAAUUAAAACUUUCUUCCCUUUGAAAAAAAAAAAAAGAUGUAUCAAUGAUGAAUGCUCUUCUCAAAUAGGUUGUAGCGUAAAGCUCACUCUAUACAAGGAAUG